CCAUGCACAGCUUUACUAUUAUCAUCAAUUAAAAAUAAAUAUAAAGUAAUACUUAAUAUAUACCAAAAAAAGAAAAGAAAAGAAAGAAAAAAGAAUACAAGGAAUAAUCCUGCCUUGGUUUGAGCCGAGGCAGAGAGAAUUCAUCUCCAGCCUCAAUGGCAUUUCAAGAUUUCGACCUGAUUUCCCAGCGCCGGCAGGAAGAACGUCGACAGAAGAAGAAGAAGAUCAUAAUCGCUGUCACGUUGUCUGUCCUAAUCCUCCUCAUUGCUGCCGCUGCAGUGGCCGUCGUCCUCCACCAGAACAACCAGGACGUGAACACCAAGGAAAGCCACAAGGACCCUCCAAAGCCCAAAGCCGUCGCUUCGGACGAGAAGUCGGACGAGAAGAAUGAAAAGGUUGUGAAAACGGUCUGCGCCACCACCGACUACCAGAAAACCUGCGAAGAAAGCCUCCUCAAGUCCAUCAAGUCCGUGAAUCCAAGUUCCACCAGUCUGCAUGAGAAUAUCCUCCGGGCUGCAUUCUCUGCAGCCUCUGAUGAGAUCGAUAAGGCCGUCAAGAAAGCGUCGGACCUCAAAUUCAACGGCCCAUUGAAGAAGAAGGCGUUCGAGGACUGUUUAGAGCUCCUGGAGGAUGCCAAGGAGGAACUCAACAGCUCUUCUGCAUUCAUUAAAGGGAAAGAUAUGGGAAAGCUGUCAUCCAUAACACCUGAGAUAAACAAUUGGCUCAGCGCCGUGUUGACUUAUCAGCAAACGUGCAUCGACGGGUUCCCUGACGGGGAAGAGAAGACUUCUAUGCAGAAGCUUUUGAACACUUCUAAGGAACACGGCAGCAAUGCUCUUGCAAUUGUCGCUGAACUUUCCACCACCCUUAAAACAGUUCAAUCGCAACGGAAACUUUUGGGCAUGGAUGAAGCUGGAUUCCCUGCAUGGAUGGGUCACCACGAGUACCGGAGGGCGCUUAAAGCUGAUGCGACAAAAUUUACUCCAAAUGUAACGGUGGCAAAAGACGGUAGCGGCAAUUUUACUACCAUUGCUGCAGCUUUGAAGGCGAUGCCUGAGAAAUACACGGGACGAUACGUGAUUUACAUCAAAGAAGGCGUGUAUGAUGAAAAUGUUAUCAUUACCAAGAAAAUGGUAAAUGUUACAAUGUACGGUGUGGGUUCGCAGAAGAGCAUCAUCACUGGAAGCAAGAACUAUGUAGAUGGAGUACCAACAUAUCAGACUGCUUCGUUUGCUGCUAUAGGAGAUGGAUUCAUGGCUCAAUCCCUGGGGUUCAGAAACACUGCUGGCCCGGAAAAGCAUCAGGCAGUGGCACUCAGAGUUCAAUCAGAUCGAUCAAUCUUCCUUAACUGCAGAAUGGAAGGGUACCAGGACAGCCUGUACGCUCAAACACACCGACAGUUCUACCGAGGCUGCUACAUCACGGGCACCAUCGACUUCAUCUUCGGCAACGCAGCAGCCGUCUUCCAGAACUGCCUAAUCUACGUGCGGAAGCCAAUGGCAAACCAGCAGAACAUCGUGACGGCCCAAGGCCGGACUGACAAGAGGCAAACGACAGGAAUCGUGCUACAAAACUGCCGUAUUCUGGCAGCCGACACCCUGAAGCCUGAGAAGGCUAAGUUCAAGAGCUACCUCGGCAGACCCUGGAAGGAGUACUCGAGGACUAUUAUCAUGGAAACAGAAAUCGGCGAUUUCAUUCAGGCGGAGGGAUGGAUGGAGUGGGAGGGAGAUUUCGCACUGAAAACUCUGUAUUACGCGGAAUUCAACAAUAAGGGGCCGGGGUCGAGCACGUCGGGGAGGGUGAAGUGGCCUGGCUACAAAACUAUCAAGAAGGAGGAGGCCCUGGAAUUUACAGUGGGUCCGUUCUUGCAGGGCGAAAGCUGGAUCAAGAAUGCUGAUGUCCCUGUGCGUUUCGGGAUGUCUGGUUGAAAGUAUUGUACCUGUAAAUUGAGUAAAGUAGUUGCAUUUUUGCGUAAGAUUGUUGACAUACACAGAAUUGUUCAUACAGAUGAUCAUUAUGAUUACUAAAAUGAUAUUAAUAUCAAACCUAUUUAUAUAUGUAUAACCACACUCAACAAGAUUCUUGUAUUA